UAGCUCGUGUUGCAGUCCGGAAUGUUUCUGUGGCACUUGUGGAAAACUGUAUAAUAUAGGGAAAAAUAAAAGAAUCCGGUGUGAAUAAAAAUAGUUUUUUUGAUGAAGCUCCGACGCCAAAGCGUCCAGUUUCAACAAGGGAGGUGCAGAAGGUGGUCUCAGUGAGGAUGUGUAGGUAGUGCUCUUGAAGAUCCAGGGGACGCCAUGUCAGAAGAGGCGAUCUCGGAGAGCGACCUGGAGCCUAGCCUGAACAGCGAAGAGGAGGAAGAAGAGGAGAUGGGAGAGGAAGCUGACGGAGAGAACGAUGCAGACGAUGACGAUGAUGACGACGACGACGAUGAAGAAGAUGAAGACGAAGAAGCAGACCAAGCCGCAGAGGCCAUGGAGACGGAGGAGAGGGCGGGCCUCUCCAGCCUCUCCAGCCCCGCCCAUUCUUCACGUUCAGGGAGCUCCGCCCCUUCCUCCAGACCUCCGUCGCGGUCCUCAUCGAAGUCCACGUCGCGUCCUUCGAGUCCGAAUGGGUCACGUGGGGCUUCUGCAGCUGCAGACUCCGCCCCCAAGAGGAAGUCAAAGAAGAAAAGCUCCAAACCGGCUAAACCUGCUCACCUGAGGAGGAACAUCAGGAAGUUGCUGGAGGAGCAUCAGCUGGAACCAGGAACUAAAGCGGCGCAGCAGGAGGAGCUGGAGAGGAGAAAACGCCUGGAGCAGCAGAGGAAGGACUAUCCGUUACCUGCUGUGGAGUUGCCCUCCUUGGCGAGCGUUGUUAAGGGCGAGGUGAUUUGCCUGGACAGCAGCGGAGACGAGGGCGAGUCCAGAGGAUCUGCACCUCCUCCCAAACCUGCACCCAGAGACGAUGUGAUUGAGCUGAGCUCAGGUGAUGAGGAAACGUUCCACAUCAGUGAGGAGGACGACGAGCGCUCGACUUCGCCUGGGACAGAGGAGAGCAGCGGCUCGCACAUCAACGACGCCCUGAACCAGCCGGACGCUCAGGGCAGAGUGCUGGUCAACAUCAACCACCCGGCCGAGGAGGACGACCUGUUCCUCGCCCCGCAGCUCGCCCGUGCUGUCAAACCUCACCAGAUCGGCGGGAUCCGUUUCCUGUACGAUAACCUGGUGGAGUCUCUGGAGCGCUAUAAGACCAGCAGUGGGUUCGGCUGCAUCCUGGCACACAGUAUGGGACUGGGCAAAACCCUGCAGGUCAUCUCCUUCAUCCACAUCCUGCUCCGACACACAGGAGCCAGAACCGUCCUCGCCAUCGUGCCUGUGAACACUCUGCAGAACUGGUUAGCAGAGUUUAAUCUGUGGUUGCCGGCAGCUGAAUCCCUUCCUCCGGACACCGAUCCGGUCCAGGUUUCCCCCCGAACCUUCAGAGUGCACCUCCUGAAUGACGAGCACAAGACGACGGUGACCCGGGCGAAGGUGGUGGAGGAGUGGACACGUGAUGGUGGCGUGCUGCUGAUGGGGUAUGAAAUGUACCGGCUGCUCUCGCUGAAGAAGAGCUUCGUCACCGGCCGCAAGAGGAAGUCGAAAAAACCCGCCGGGCCGAUCAUCAUCGACCUGGACGAGGAGGACCGGCAGCAGGAGCUCAUGAAAGACAUCGAGAAGGCUCUCUCGCGGCCCGGGCCGGACGUGGUGAUCUGCGACGAGGGUCACCGCAUUAAGAACUGCCACGCCAGCACGUCGCAGGCGCUGAAGAACAUCCGGUCGCGGCGGCGCGUGGUGCUGACCGGCUACCCGCUGCAGAACAACCUGCUGGAGUACUGGUGCAUGGUGGACUUCGUGCGGCCCGACUUCCUGGGCACGCGGCAGGAGUUCAGCAACAUGUUCGAGCGGCCCAUCCUGAACGGCCAGUGCAUCGACAGCACGCCGCAGGACGUCAGGCUCAUGAGGUACCGCAGCCACGUCCUGCACAGCCUGCUCGAGGGCUUCGUCCAGAGGCGGGGCCACGACGUGCUGAGGACUCAGCUGCCCAGUAAAGAGGAGCACGUGAUCCUGGUGCGUCUCUCCCCCCUCCAGAGGGCGCUCUAUAAAGAGUUCAUGAAUCGUUUCCGCGAGGCGGGGAACAGCGGCUGGCUCGGGCUCAAUCCACUCAAAGCUUUCUGCGUGUGCUGCAAGAUCUGGAAUCAUCCUGACGUUCUGUACGAAGCGCUGCAGAAGGAGAACCUGGCCAACGAGCAGGACCUGGACCUCGAUGACCUGAACGCCCCGGCGACGGCCCGCUGCCCCGCCCCGGGGUUAAAGGGCAAGACCUCCGACGGCGCCGGCACUAAGGGGGCGCUUGCACCGCUGCAGGAACGAACCAAUCAGGUCAUCACCUACGAAUGGGCGAAGGACAUCAUGAGCGGAUACCAGACCGGCGUCCUGGAGAACUCGGCUAAGAUGGUUCUGCUCUUCCAUCUGAUCGAAGAGAGCGUCAGCAGAGGAGACAAAAUCCUCGUCUUCAGUCAGAGUUUGUCCACGCUGUCGGUGAUCGAGGCCUUCCUGGCUGUGAGAGCGAUGCCCAUCAAACUGGACAACCAGAAGCAGACCUGGCUCCGUGGCAUCAACUAUUACAGGUUGGACGGCAGCACGUCCGCCUCGGAGAGAGAGAGACUCAUCAACCAGUUUAACGACCCGGCAAACACCAUGGCCUGGGUCUUCCUCCUGUCCACCAGGGCGGGGUGUUUGGGCGUGAACCUGAUAGGGGCAAAUCGGGUCGUGGUGCUGGACGCUUCGUGGAACCCGUGUCACGACGCGCAGGCCGUGUGUCGCGUGUAUCGCUACGGCCAGCACAAACCCUGUUACAUCUACAGGCUGGUGUGUGACUUCACCCUGGAGAAGAAGAUCUACGACCGGCAGGUGUCCAAGCAGGGCAUGUCCGACCGCGUGGUGGACGAUCUGAACCCCGUCCUCACCUUCACCCGUAAGGAGGUGGAGUCUCUGCUGCACUACGUGGAGGAGGAGCCUGAUCCCAGCCAAUCAUUGCUGCUGCCUAACGAUGACACGGAGUCAGUAAUCAAACACGCCUGUCUGCGCUAUCCUCACCUCAUCACCAAGCCACCGUUCCAGCACGAGUCUCUGCUGAUGGACCGCAAGGACCUGAAACUCACCAAAGCGGAGAAGAAAGCAGCUAAGAAGAGCUACGAGGAUGAGAAGAGGGCGUCUGUGCCGUAUCAGCGCCCGUCCUACGCUCACUACUACCCCGCCAAUGAGCAGAGUCUCUCCAACAUCAGGAACUGGAGGCCGGCGCCGCGGAUGGACGAGAAGCCGAUCGCCAGCGUGCGGCCCGUCCAGUCCACUCCCAUUCCCAUGAUGCCUCGCCAGGCCGCCGUGGGAGGCCACGCCUCCAGCCCCGCCUUCCCCGUCAACUACCUGCAGAAGGCUGGUGUCCUCGUCCAGCGCAUCAUCACUACCACUGAUAUCGUGAUUCCCGGCACAAACAGCUCGACGGACGUGCAGGCGAGGAUCAGCGCCGGAGAGAGCAUCCACGUCAUCAAAGGAUCCAAAGGUACGUACAUCAGGACUAACGAUGGGCGGAUCUUUGCCAUCCGCUCCGGAAAGCCCAGAGCCAAUGAGGGAGCCGCUCCUGCACCUAGAGAUGUGGGCGGUUCUCUCCUCCGCUCUGUCAGUAACGGCCGUGCGUCUCCUCCCGAGCUGAAGCGUUUCUCUCCGGACGGCGUGCGCCGCGUGUCUCCCUCCUCCAGUCCCAACCUGCUGCACCAGUUCCAUCAUUACACGCCCACGCCUGCUAAUGACCUCACGCUCCCCGACCUCCCGGACCGCCCCAACCAGCACGGCCACGCCUCCGAGCCUCAGCGGAGCGGCGACGUCAUUGGCUCCGGCUCCGCCUUCGACGCCCAGAGCCUGAAGAGGAAACUCCUUUCAGACUCUCGCGGCUCCAAACGGACCACCAGCACCACGGCCAGUGCUAAUUUCCCAGGAUUCCCUGUGAGUGCCGGCUACACCAUGGGGUCCAUGGGAUUUUCCCCGGCCCUACUGGGGGCUUUGGGUCACAUGACUCCACCUAUGGUGAGCGGGACCAACCGAGGUCACUUUCUGACCGAUUUGCAUAGCAUGUUCCCCACCGACGCUUUAAGCUCCGCCCAUGGCUCUUCUUCAUCGACCAGCAUCGCUUCCUCUUCCUCCGCGCCUUCAUCAUCCUCUUCCACUUCCUCCUCCUCCAUUCCACCUUUCCUCUUCAAUACCAGCAUGGCGAGCAUGCUGCCCGGGUUUCCGAUGCCCUACGCUCAGCCUCUUCUGCCGGACUCUUCUAGAAUGUUCUCCAAUUCCUUGUCCUCUUCUGGCUCCGCCCCCGCCGCUCCUUCCUCCUUCCUUUCAUCCUCCAGCCUGCUGGGGGCGGCGCUGAGUCGACCCGACAUGCGCCACACGCUCGCCGAGAACGGCGGGAGUAGCUCUGACGACGAUGUCAUCGAGGUGACCGGGCAGUGAGCGGAAACAUCCGAGGAAUCUCAUUGGUCCGGGGCGAAUGUGGGUGGAUCUGAACAUUGAAAUGACACUAAAUUCUGCAGACCGGCGUUUCUACCAACACGGGACCAUAACACUGCUCUUCCGCGGAAAAAGAAAAAAGGAAAGGAAAAAAAAGAGUUCGGCUAGUUGUAUCUCUAAAACGUGUUUGGCCGCGUCACGCAAAUGACUAGCGCGACUCUUUCCAGGCAGCAACCGUUUAAAAAAAAAAAAAAAAAAAAACACAGAACUUUAGAGACGUUUCGCUGUUUGAUAGAACUCGUAGCAUCAUAUAGAUAAAGGGAGAAAAUCGUGACCUGUUUAUUUUUUUUAUUUAUGAUCUCGUUAGCGUAUGAUCUACGUUUUUUUGUAAACUUUUUUUUGCGUACUCUGUGGUUUUGAAAAAGGAAAACCACGAACAUGGCGAAAGAGACCAUGACGAACACAAAAAAGCCAUUUUUACUUUUCAGUUAGGCCUUUUAAUAGAAAAAAAAAAUGAGGCAAGUGCCGAUUAUCUGUUGUACGAUACAUCGCGAUGUUUAAAACGCACAAAGUUGUUGUAGAAAUUUAAAAGACAAAUUUGAGGCAGCAUGACUCGCGUCGUCCUCGAAGAAGGCGAUCCCAGAAUUGCGAUCGGUCGCUCCAACUUUCGUUGGGUCCUUUUUUUAUUAUUAUUGUUAUUAUUAGUGUCGUGAGAAUAUCGUAAACCGUUUAUCUGAUUAUCGUGAUAGGAGCGGUUCAUAUCGGCACAUGCCUGACGGAAAGCUCAACGAAUGUAACUUCAUGUUAGCCUUCAGAGCCCUGUGGUGGAGGGAGCCAUAGCCGGGCUUCAGCGUUUAGCGUAACUCCUGUAGCAGUCCGUUUUUCCUCCUCAUGGCGCUGCGCAGACGUUUGUGUCAACUGUUACCUCGUACGCUGCUUGGAUGUUUUUUUUUUUGUUUGUUUGUUUUUUUUUUGGGUUUUUUUUGUCUGCAAAUGUGACCAACGCGUGAAAUAUUCCAAAAUUCCCAACAAACCCAUCAACCAAUCGCUGUCCGUUCUCAGGAGCGCUUCUCUCAGACUCCGCCCACCAUCUACCGACACGCCCACGACCGGCUGUUCUCACAUUCUGAUAUUUCCCCUUUUUUUUUUUUUUUUUUUAAAAAAAACAUCUUAUAAAAUUAGGCAUAACUGAUUUGCUUUCUUUUCCACUGAUGUAUGAUUUUACCAGAAUUAUUUAUUUAUGAUUUGCUACUUUAUAUUUUUGUACCUUUUGUCUGCCUUUUUUUAAAAUUACCUUUAAAAACCACGUGACCCCUGUAUGUUUCUCCCGGAAAUGUUGUUAGGAUUGUGAUUUUUGCGUGUGUGUGUUUUUUCUGGUGUGUUUAAGACCAGUAUCUGUGACAGAUCGAGACAAGAGCUUAGACACACACACACACACACACACACACACAGUACAAAUGGACACUCAUCAGCUCUUGUAUUUAGCACACAGACGAGGAGAUUAAAAUGACAUUGUAUUUAUUUAAUGUUGUUUUAACAGAAAAUAAAUUCAGCAUUUCUUGUUGUA